ACUACUAUUAACGUGGUACUCCAUUUGUUGGUAUCAGUAUUAGUUUUUUUCGUAGGUAGUUUUGGCCUUUUGGGUGGCUAAUUUUCUUCUCUUCUCUAGUAUUGGAUAUUGGGAUUAUUCUUAGGAUUAGAAUUAGGAUUAGGAGUAAGGGUUUGAUUGAGAUAAGAAGAUAGGCUGGUCAUGUGGCGGCUUGUUGUUUGUGUAGCAGGCAAAGGACGAUCAUUACUUUCUGUUGUUGUCCAGGGAGCUGCUGCAUCAGUACUUUGGAAAGCCGGGGUUUUUAUCUUUUUAAUCAUUAUUUUAGGUCUUUAAAAUAAUAACAUUAAUUAAUAUAUGGUAGCAUUGUUAAAUGGUAUUUAACUAGUACUAUUUUUUUUCUGGAUUAUAAGUAUAUUUUAUUGUUGGUUAUGAAAUAAUUGAGGGGGGAUUUUCCUGGUUUUCUUACUUGGAAGUCUAUUUUGUAUGUAUUGUACGUACAAAAUGCAUUGACCCACUUGAGCUAGAGAGAGAGGAAAGGGAGAGAAAAGAAAAGGCAAAUCAUGUGGAGAAAAGGAGAGAGGGAGAGAGAGAAACUAUGAUCAGGGGUAUAUAGAAAGGUCUAUAUAGAAGGUCAUCAUCACCUCUGUCUCUGAUCUUCUAUUUCUAAGGAAGAUAUAUCUGAUCUUUUUGCCUGGCUUGUAUUUCUAUGGCACACCAUGUUGGCUAUUUAACAGAACAAAUUUGAGAGAAAAAAAAAACGCCAAAGAGGAACCCUUUGCUUCGCUUUUCUCAUCACCAUCAUCAUCUCCUUCUUCACCAUCUAAUUUUUCUAAUUCUUUUUCUUCUUCAUCAAUCCACCACUAAGAAAAGUCCAUUUCUGUUGAUUUUUGAACUUAGUUUCAACUUGUUCCAUAACUGCUGGUUUAUGGCUUCCCUUUCUUCCUGGAGUGAAUCUUGAUGGAAUUGUAGUUGCAGAAUCAGCAUCAACUUUUGAUCAGUAUCUGAGACGCUAGUGUGCAGGAGAAGCAUAAACAUAAAGGAAGAAAAGGAAGAGAAAAAAAAAUUUUAAUUUGGAUUACAUGGCUAGAGAACUGUGUGAAGAUAAAUCAAGGAAUAUUGUCUCAUCAACUGGUUUUUGUUACUCAGAUGUUUCAUCUGGUAACUCAACCAUGCAAUCCCAUCUGGUGAAUCAGAUCCAAGGCUUUGAAACCAACCCAGAGAUCUUCAAUUUGACAACAGGCAUGGAAAUGAUAGGGUUUUCAAAGAAUCUACAGCAACAAGGUGACAGCAACACGGUCAUGUGGAAAGGGUUCUUCAACAAACAUGGAAGCAACCCUGGUCCUUCUUCUUCGAAGACAAUCAACGAGUCAACGAGCGAUUUCUAUCAACAUGAAUUCCACAAACCUGAGUUCACAACUGGGAUAUCUGAAACUAGUACAGAGAAUCUAAUAGUUGGACCUGAGUCAGGCCCUUGGCAAGAGAACAGGUUGCUUGUUGAUGAUUCUUCUUUGAGGUGUGUUUUUCCUUGUGAAGGAAACGAGAGGCCCAGUCAAGGUCUUUCACUCUCUCUUUCAUCAAGUAAUCCUACUAGCAUCGGGCUACAGUCUUUUGAACUCAGACAAACGGCCAGUCACAGUAAUCAUGAUCAGCAAGAUGAUAUGAGGUUUAUUGGUUCAAGUUCUAGAGAUGGUUUCUUUGGAAAGCCUGCUAAUAUUCAACAGCAACAACAAAUGAUCCAAGACGGAUUUCUGGGAAAAGCUGCAAAUCUACAGCAGUUUCAACUCAGGAGUUCAAAGUACUUGGGUCCUGCACAGGAACUUUUGAAUGAGUUUUGCAGCCUGGGAACAAAGCAAAUUGAUGCAUCAAAGCAAAAGCAGACCCAUAAGACCAAACAGUGGGAUGAUGAGAAUGAAGCUAGCUCUUCAAGGAAGCAAACCCUUUAUUCCCUUGACUUCAUGGAGUUACAGAAAAGAAAAACCAAGCUGCUUUCAAUGCUGGAAGAGGUGGAUAGAAGAUACAGGCACUACUGUGAUCAAAUGAAAGCCGUGGUAUCUUCCUUCGAAGCUGUGGCUGGCACCGGGGCAGCAUCAGUGUAUUCAGCUUUAGCCUCCAAGGCCAUGUCAAGGCAUUUUAGAUGUUUAAGGGAUGGGAUUGUUAGUCAGAUUCAGGCUACAAGGAAGGCCAUGGGAGAAAAAGACCCAGUUGCACCGGGCACAACGAGAGGCGAAACACCAAGUCUAAGGAUCCUUGAUCAAGCUUUGAGGCAACAAAGGGCUUUUCAACAGAUGAGCAUGAUGGAGAGCCACCCAUGGCGACCCCAAAGAGGCCUGCCGGAAAGAUCUGUUUCUGUUCUUCGAGCUUGGUUGUUUGAGCAUUUCCUUCACCCGUAUCCAAGCGAUGUUGAUAAACAUAUCUUAGCCCGCCAAACCGGUCUCUCAAGAAGCCAGGUAUCCAAUUGGUUCAUUAAUGCUAGAGUGAGACUAUGGAAACCAAUGGUGGAAGAAAUGUACUUGGAAGAAACGAAGGAGCACGAAAACAACAUGGCCUCCCCAGAUGGAGUUACUGAUGGUGAUGAUAAUAUUAGCCGGCUUAAUCAAAAUAUUCCUCCCACAGAUCAGAAACCCACCCCGGACCAGCUCGUUCGAGUUGAUUCGGAAUGUCUGUCUUCCAUUAUCACUAAUACAGAUAAAAAUGAUGCAAAAAGUAGUGCCAAAGCCCUUCAAAACCAGCACUUGCAUCAGCAGCAACAAAAUUUUGGAACUUAUGGUGCCAUGGAAUUGGACUUCUCUUCCUACGGUCACCACACAACGGGUGGGGUAUCUUAUGGAAGUGAUCACAAUGCUAAUCAAAGUUUCAAUGGUGGAGGCGUGUCAUUGACGUUAGGGUUGCAACAACAUGGUGGGACUGGGGUGAGCUUAGCCUUCUCGCCGGCAUCACAAAGUUCUCUCUUUUACCCUAGAGACCACAUUGAAGAUUGUCAACCAGUUCAGUACUCACUUUUGGAUGGUGAGGGACAGCAUUUGCCUUACAGGAACUUGAUGGGAGCACAGUUGCUUCACGAUUUGGCAGGAUAACAAGGAAGGGAAAAAAGGGCUAAAUCAGAUUUGUUGGUGGGGUUCAUUUAGUUCUCAUCAAAGGAUGGAAAUGGCAGAUAAAUAGUUUAGGUGGCACAGAUAGAUACUGAAUACAUAUAUAUACAUAAAGCUACACUUGUUAUUUUGGAUAUAUACUAUGAACAUUAGUUCACUGGCUGGUAGCUCUUUUCAAUUGGAAGAACAUGUUUAUUUACUGCAAG